GCCUUAGAGAUCUCAUGAACAUGAAGAGGCAGAGCUGAAAGUCACCUGUGAGGAGGGAGCAUUAUAGAAACUGGAGAACAAAGGCUAAAGAUCUCAUCAUCACGCCGGCCAGCACCUUGAAGGAGAAGCCGGACCCAAACACGCUGGUGUUUGGAAGUGUGUUCACCGAUCACAUGUUGACAGUGGAGUGGUCGUCUGAGAGUGGGUGGGAGAGACCUCACAUCAAGCCUUUUCAGAACCUCUCGUUGCAUCCUGGAUCUUCAGCUUUGCAUUAUGCGGUGGAGUUGUUUGAAGGACUGAAGGCAUUCCGAGGAGUAGACAAUAAAAUCAGACUGUUUCGGCCAGAUCUCAACAUGGACAGGAUGCUUCGGUCUGCUGUGAGGACAACUUUGCCGGUAUUUGAUAAGGAGGAGCUUCUGGAGUGUAUUCAACAGCUGGUGAGACUAGAUCAAGAAUGGGUCCCCUAUUCAACAUCUGCAAGCCUGUAUAUUCGUCCUGCGCUCAUUGGAACCGAGUGUUCUCUUGGAGUCAAGAAGCCCACGAAAGCCCUGCUCUUUGUGAUCCUGAGUCCUGUGGGACCUUAUUUUUCAAGCGGCACCUUUAAUCCCGUGUCCCUGUGGGCCAACCCAAAAUAUGUCAGAGCCUGGGAAGGGGGAACUGGAGACUACAAGAUGGGAGGGAAUUACGGCGCGUCGCUUUAUGCGCAGUGCGAAGCCAUGGAGCAUGGGUGUCAGCAGGUGCUGUGGCUCUACGGCUCAGAUAACCAGAUAACGGAAGUAGGCACCAUGAAUCUCUUCCUUUAUUGGGUCAAUGAAGAUGGAGAAGAAGAACUGGCAACUCCUCCGCUAGAUGGCAUCAUUCUCCCGGGAGUGACGAGGCAGUGCAUUCUGGACUUGGCACACAAGUGGGGUGAGUUUAAGGUGUCGGAGCGGUACCUCACCAUGGAUGACCUGACAGCAGCCCUGGAGGCCAACAGAGUGAAGGAGAUGUUUGGCGCUGGGACCGCAUGUGUGGUUUGCCCAGUUUCUGCUAUACUGUACAAGGGUGAGACAAUGCAUAUUCCAACUAUGGAGAAUGGUCCUAAGCUAGCAAGCCGUCUCUUGGGUAAAUUGACUGAUAUCCAGUAUGGAAGAGAAGAAAGUGACUGGACAAUCGUAUUAUCCUGAGUGGGAAACAGGAUACCAACUGUACGCGCUUGGGAUAAACCUGUUGCAAUUGAAUGGUGAUAGAGUUCUUUGGCUACCUGUUAGUUGUUGUCCAUACUGUAGCUUGUAGGAUCAGUGUGUUCUAAGGAUGAUUCUCUUACGCUAGAGAAAACAAAUUACAAUCAUUAAUGGUGUCUUGUAACCUUGGUAAU